AUGGCGGACAAUAUUGAGAAGAGUAAGAAGCGUAAGAAGAGCGCUGAUGGAUCCUCGAGACCAACCAAAAAGGUUGCAAUCGAGGGUGACAAAAAUGUUAAGAUUUCUCUGAAAGAUUGUGAUGAAUGGGCACCUGUGGUUGCAUCAAGUCCUGGAUUGUCUAUGCCAGUAUCUUUAUCACUUCAACCAUUCACAAAGCCUCGCAAGAAUGCAACCCAACGACCAGGACGUAGCGGUGCAAUCGCUACAACAGAAGUCCUUCUUCAUUCCUCAGAACAUCCAAAACUUGACUACACAGCACGAGAGGAAGAAGAGGGUGGAUCCGAUACAUUAUUGAAGCAUUAUGUUGGGGUUUACGAUCUAAAGACCGGAAAAUUAGAGGUUGUAGAAGCGCGAAAGAUGGUGGUUCGUGGAAGCGUUAGAGCACAUCAAGCUACAGAGGCAGAAUUCGCGAAACAUACUAUCCGAGAGCUUCGAAACGAUCUUGGAGAGACUUUCGGUACUAAGAAAGCGAAGAAAGCGAUUGCCUCUGUCACCGAGAACGCCAUCUCAGCGAAUAAAGGCUCAAGAUUACUCGCAGAUGGUGCUAAACCUGCGAAAUUGGAUGCUGCAAAAUCAGCUAUCAUCGCAUCUAUGGCAGAAGCCACAUCGAGCAUGGCAUCCAGGAAAGAUCUUGAGGAACAAGCGGAUGCAGCUAAACCACGACCAAAAGCAGACCUUACUGCGAAAGACAUCAAAGAUGUGUACACAGUAGACAGCCUCAUUGGAAGUGACAUUUUCAAGUCGGUGCCGGUUUUGGAAUGGGAGCAAUCAGUCAAAGCAAAGAAGAACAUCACUACCAAUUCGAGAUAUGUGUCGGCAAGGAUCGUCACUGCAGCUACCGCAGGCGUUAAUAAGCUCAGAGUUUUACGAUAUCUUCUUCUUUUGUUAGAUUUACAUAUGGCCUCUCGACCAAUGCGAGGCGGUAGAAUGCUGCCCAAGCGCGAAGAAAUGAAAACAAAGUUGGGCGACAAUCUACCUCAAUCCGUCAUUGAAGACAUUCGACGCAGAUAUUCUGACGCUGGUGUAAUGUCAAAAUUCAAGUCUGAUCUUCUGAUCACUCACGUGUGCGCACUAGCAUGUCUAGUCGAUAACUAUGAAGUCGAUCUGUAUGAUCUUCAGUUGGAUUUGAAGUUGGAGAUGAAGGAUAUGACUCAAUAUUUCAAGGAAAUUGGUGCGAGGGUUGUAGGACUUCCAGAGGCUAGGAGAAAGGCAUUGGAUUUGGACAAGGCGACUGCCGCACAAAGGAGGACAGCGAAGUUGAGGUUGCCACUGGAUUUCCCAAGGGUACCCUUUGGAAGGAGAGGAUGA